AUGGCCACUCGUGGACCUCCCGGCGCGCGCCCUGGCAUGGGAAACCGCUUUGCCCAGUUCAAGCUGGUAUUGUUGGGUGAAUCGGCGGUUGGAAAGAGCUCGAUAGUCUUGCGCUUCGUCAAGGACCAGUUUGACUCGUACAGAGAAUCCACGAUUGGCGCCGCUUUCCUAACACAGACCAUUGCUCUCGACGAAAACACAACGGUCAAGUUCGAGAUCUGGGAUACCGCCGGCCAGGAGCGCUACAAGUCUCUAGCGCCCAUGUACUACAGGAAUGCCAACUGUGCAGUAGUCGUUUACGAUAUCACACAGGCGGCAUCUCUGGACAAGGCCAAGUCGUGGGUCAAGGAACUUCAGCGCCAAGCAAACGAGAAUAUCAUUAUCGCUCUUGCCGGUAACAAGUUGGAUCUCGUCCAGGAGCAACCCGAUAAGCGUGCGAUUCAGACGGCCGACGCCCAGGCAUAUGCAAAGGAGGCCGGCCUUCUCUUCUUCGAGACUUCUGCCAAGACUGCCGAGAACGUGCAAAACCUGUUCACCGAGAUUGCGAAGAAGCUGCCCCUCGACCAAGUUGGACCGAGGCAUGCUCGCCCUGGCCAACGACCGGGUGUCAGUCUAGCUCCCGAGGGGGCCAACACCCAGAUAGAGGCAACAGCCUGCUGGAGGAGGGGUGUUGCGCGCGUGGUUAAUGGUAAUUAUGCUAUUGAUUUUACUUUGAGCUGUAACUUGAACCUGUGGGCUGCCAAACUCUUGCCUGCCCGCACCCUCCGAGCCCAGUCCGUUCCGUCUGAGCCUCCAAUUCGCAAUUCCAGGCCCGGGACUUCUCCGCUGCACUCAACCACCACCACCCUCCACCCAUCCCAUAUCCUCAGUUGCGCCUCAAGGCCCUAUACCAUCCCCCUCAUGUUGCGCACAUCAUUGCGAUCCGUGAGGGCGCUGGGCAGCAGGCCUUCUGCCGCUGUUGCUGGCCGCCAAUGGCAAGCAACCGUCGUGCGCCGUGCGGCCGUGUCCGGUCAGCGCUUCUUCGCCGACGACAAGAAGCCCGUUGUCCCUGAGCCCUCUCAGCCCGCCGUCCUCCCGGCCUCCGAGACCCUGACUUCUCCAUCCACUCCUCCUCCUGCGUCGCCCCAGGUCGAGCCCACGUCCACCGUCCCUCCCGAGGCCGCCCCCUUGACGCCCCCCGCCCCCGAGGCCACUGUCAUCCCCCCCGUCGCCGAGGAGCCCGUCGUCCCUCCUACUCUUCCUACUCCCCGCAAGAAGAAGGGCUUCUUCCGCAGGCUGCGCAACUUUUUCCUGUCCCUCACCAUUCUUGGCGCCAUCGCCUUCGGUGGUGGCGUCUACUACUCGCGCAUCAACGACGCCUUCCACGACUUCUUCACUGAGUACAUCCCCUAUGGCGAGCAGGCUGUUCUGUACUUGGAGGAGCUGGAUUUCAAGAAGCGCUUCCCCGAUGUGGUCAGCAGGGUGACCGGUCGUCCUCGCGACUCCGGUGAGCAGGUCAAGGUCCCUGCCCAGAGUGGUGCCUCGUGGCGCGUUGCCUCUGGUGGCGAGCCUGCCGGUCGUCAGUCUAGCUCUAUCAAGAAGGCUGGCGCUGCCGCCCAGGACGCUGUCCCCAAGUCUGAGCCCGCCGUUGUUGCUGCUGCCAAGGAGGAUACUGCUGAGCUUCCCAAGACCGAGGCCACCACCACCGCUACUCCGGCCGAGCCCGCUCCUGGCCCUGCUACCGCUGCUGCUCCCGCCGCCACCGAUGCUUCCGGCACCCCCGUGAAGAAGCCCUUCAAGGCUCCCGAGGUUGACGAGCCCUCUCGCUGGCCCCCUGCCUCGCCCAUUGACCCCCUGAACGUCAACGGUGCCACCGACCCCAUUGUCCAGGACCUCGUCAAGAUGUUGAACGACGUCAUCACCGUUAUCAACCACGACAACGCCAACGAGAAGUACGCCCCCACUAUCUGCAAGGCCAAGAACGAGCUCUCCAAGGUUGCCGACAAGAUCAAUGAGAUGAAGGCCAAGGUUGAGGCCGACGCUGCUAAGCAGGUUAAGGCUCGCGUUGAUGGGUUCGACAAGGCUGCCAACGAGCUUGUUUCUCGGGUUGAGUCCGCGAUGGCCGCCCAGGAGGCUGCUUGGCGCCGCGAGUUUGAAGAGGAGAUAACCCGCCUCAAGAAGAGCUACGAUGAGAAGGUCCACCUGAUUCAGGACCGCGAGCACCAGAUUGCCGAGGAGAAGCUCAACAACCGUCUCCUUGAGCAGGCCAUUCAGCUUCAGCGCCAGUUUACCGAGAACAUCAAGAAGCACGUUGAGCAGGAGCGCGAUGGGCGUCUUGGCAAGCUUAACGAGCUUCACAAGGCUGUUGCCGAGCUUGAGAGGCUCACCUCUGGCUUGAACGAGGUUGUCGAUACCAACCUCCGCACUCAGCAGCUCCAUGUUGCUGUUGAUGCCGUUCGUGCCAGCCUUGAGGACGCUCACCACCCCCGUCCCUUCAUCAAGGAGCUCGUUGCUUUGAAGGAGAUUGCUGCCGACGACCCCGUAGUCGAUGCUGCUAUCGCUUCCAUUAACCCCACCGCUUACCAGCGUGGCAUUCCUACCACCGCCGAGCUCAUCGACCGCUUCCGCCGCGUUGCUACCGAGGUUCGCAAGGCUUCUCUUCUCCCCGAGGAUGCCGGUGUUGCCAGUCACGCUUCUAGCUAUGUCCUCAGCAAGUUGAUGUUCAAGAAGGAGGGCCUUGCGGCUGGUGACGAUGUUGAGAGCAUCCUUACCCGCACUCAGACCUACCUUGAGGAGGGCGAUCUCGACAAUGCGGCGAGAGAGAUGAACGGUCUCAAGGGCUGGGCCAAGACCCUCAGCAGGGAUUGGCUCGGUGAGGUCAGGAAGGUGUUGGAGGUUCAGCAGGCGUUGGAUGUCAUUCAGGCAGAGGCCAGGCUGCAGAGCUUGAGGGUGGAGUAA